UCUCCUGCAGGGAUCGCAUCAGUCUCAGUGGGGGGAAACUCUGUGCCUUGCGAGGGGAGGAAAAAAAAAAAGGUUUCACCCGUUUCUGCAGACUUGUCUUGCAAAGUGAUUUAGAGAUGCAGAGCUGCGCCAAGUCCUGGGGGAUCUUCUUGGCCAAGUCGGUGAAUCCAAGCGCACCGUGCAGGCAUCUGAGUGACAAGAACCGCGUGGUUUGGAAACUUCAGUGCAGGAUCCGAAACAGCGGGGCAUCCCUACCAACAGCAGCCCGGGGUCUGAGGACGUCUGCAGCCGUCUCCUCCAGACAGAUAGAGAGAAUAUUACCCAGACAUGAUGAUUUUGCAGAGAGGCACAUUGGUCCAGGUGAGAGGGAGAAGAGAGAAAUGCUGGAUGCUCUGGGAGUCGAGACGAUCGACCAGUUGAUCGAAAACACUGUUCCACCCUCCAUCCGUAUGCAGAAGAGUAUGAAAAUGGAUGACCCAAUCUGUGAGAAUGAGGUUUUGGACACUCUACAGAAGAUUGCCUCCAAGAACAAAGUAUGGAGGUCCUACAUCGGCAUGGGCUACUACAACUGCUCGGUACCGCCGCCCAUCCAGCGCAAUCUGCUGGAGAACUCAGGCUGGGUGACUCAGUACACACCCUACCAGCCAGAGGUCUCUCAGGGUCGCCUGGAGUCGCUUCUUAACUACCAGACCAUGAUCUGUGACAUCACCGGCAUGCAGAUGUCCAACGCCUCCCUGCUGGAUGAGGGAACAGCUGCUGCUGAGGCCAUGCAGCUCUGCCACAGACAGAACAAAAGAAGAACUUUCUACAUUGACCCGCGCUGCCACCCCCAGACCAUUGCUGUGGUGCAGACCAGAGCCAACUACAUUGGAGUGAAAACCAUUCUGAAGCUGCCUCAUGAGAUGGACUUCAGUGGGAAGGAUGUGAGCGGUGUGCUCUUCCAGUAUCCAGACACUGACGGCAGGGUGGAAGACUUCACAGCCCUCGUGGACCGGGCACACAAGGGAGGGGCCCUGGCUUGCUGUGCAACAGAUCUGUUGGCUCUCUGUGUGCUGCGUCCUCCCGGGGAGUUUGGCGUUGAUAUCGCACUGGGAAGCUCCCAGAGGUUUGGGGUCCCCCUCUGCUACGGUGGGCCCCAUGCUGCCUUCUUCGCCGUUAAAGACAACCUGAUUCGGAUGAUGCCUGGCAGGAUGGUUGGAGUUACCAGGGAUGCAGCUGGUAAGGAGGUGUAUCGGCUUGCUUUGCAGACCAGAGAACAGCACAUUCGCAGAGACAAAGCAACCAGCAACAUCUGCACAGCACAGGCUCUGCUGGCCAACAUGGCUGCCAUGUACGCACUGUAUCAUGGUCCUCAGGGACUCAAACACAUCGCUGAGAGGACACACAACGCUGCUCUGAUCCUUGCUGAAGGUCUGAAGAGAGCAGGACACCGGCUGCACAGUGACAUGUUCUUUGACACUCUGAAGAUCAACUGUAGUGUGGCAGCCAAAGACAUCUUUGAGAGAGCUGCACAGAGGGAGAUAAACCUGAGAAUCUACACUGAGGGAGUGCUGGGUGUCUCUCUGGAUGAGACGGUGACUGAGAGGGACUUGGAUGACUUGCUCUGGGUCUUUGGCUGUGAAUCUUCAGCUGAGCUGAUCGCGGAGAAGAUGGGUGAGCGGGUGAAGGGGAUCAUGGGAAGUCCUUUCAAGAGGACAAGCAAGUACCUUACACACCAGGUCUUUAACAGUUACCACUCUGAGACCAACAUCGUGCGAUACAUGAAGCGUCUGGAGAACAAGGACCUCUCCCUGGUGCACAGCAUGAUACCACUGGGCUCCUGCACCAUGAAGCUAAACAGUUCUUCAGAACUUAUGCCAAUCACCUGGAGGGAGUUUGCCAACAUCCACCCCUUUGUGCCUCUGGAUCAGGCUGACGGUUACCAGAAGCUCUUCAGACAGCUGGAGAGGGACCUCUGUGAGGUGACGGGCUAUGACAAGAUCUCCUUCCAGCCAAACAGUGGUGCUCAGGGAGAAUACGCUGGCCUGGCCGCCAUAAAAGCCUACCUGAACUCAAAGGGCGAGAACUCAAGAAGUGUCUGUCUGAUCCCCAAGUCGGCCCACGGUACCAACCCAGCGAGCGCUCAGAUGGCUGGCAUGAAGGUUCAGGUGGUGGAGGUAGAUAAGGAUGGCAACAUCGACCUGGCACACCUCAAGGCGCUGGUGGACAAGCACAAGGCGAGUCUGGCAGCCAUGAUGAUCACCUACCCCUCCACCUUCGGUGUGUUUGAGGAGCAGAUCGGAGACGUUUGUGAUCUCAUUCACAACAACGGAGGCCAGGUGUACCUGGAUGGCGCCAACAUGAACGCCCAGGUGGGUUUGUGUCGUCCUGGAGAUUAUGGCUCUGAUGUGUCUCAUCUUAAUUUGCACAAAACCUUCUGCAUCCCUCACGGUGGAGGAGGACCUGGCAUGGGGCCGAUCGGAGUUAAGGCCCACCUCGCCCCCUUCUUGCCGAGCCACCCGGUGGUUCCCAUGCAUGUGAACACCAGCAGCUCGCUGGGAACCAUCAGCGCCGCCCCCUGGGGCUCCAGCGCCAUCCUGCCUAUCUCCUGGGCUUACAUCAAGAUGAUGGGAUCCAAAGGGCUGCGUCACGCUACAGAGGUGGCCAUCCUCAACGCCAACUACAUGGCCAAGAGGCUGGAAAGUCACUACAAGGUCCUCUUCAGAGGCACCAAAGGUUUUGUAGCCCACGAGUUCAUUCUGGAUGUGAGGCCGUUCAAGAAGACGGCGAACAUCGAGGCUGUCGACGUGGCCAAGAGGCUGCAAGACUACGGUUUCCAUGCACCCACCAUGUCGUGGCCGGUGGCUGGUACCCUCAUGAUCGAGCCCACAGAGUCGGAGGACAAGGCUGAGAUGGACCGGUUCUGUGACGCCCUGCUCGGUAUCCGACAGGAGAUCGCAGACAUCGAGGAGGGACGGAUGGACUCCCGCAUCAACCCGCUCAAGAUGGCUCCUCACUCUCUCGCCUGCAUCUCAUCCUCCACCUGGGACAGACCCUACUCCAGAGAGCACGCUGCUUUCCCCCUGCCCUACAUUAGGCCUGAAACCAAAUUCUGGCCGAGCAUCUCCAGGAUCGACGACAUCUACGGCGACCAGCACCUCGUGUGCACCUGCCCACCUAUGGAGUCUUACGAGUCUCCGUAUGAGGAGAAGAGAGCCUCCUCAUAGACGCUCCCUGUGGUCCAGUCCCAAUGUCCGGCCCGAGCCCCAAAACCUCACAGACUUUAACACCAGUGUACACAGUGAAAAUGUGAGAGCAGGAGGGUCUAACAAGCUGAAAACACAGCUUGGUGAAAUCACAUGAGAUGGGGCAGAAGCAUUUCUGUCUGACGCUCAUAUUUCAGAUGUAAUUUAAUUAAACUAAGUGACUUUCGCUCACUUUUUCACAGCAUAAAUGUCCUCUGUAUUCUAGUAUGUUUGAUGAAAUUAGGUGAAAACAAAACAAUGCUAUCAGGCUCUCCAUGGGACCAAGAAAACACAUGAUCUUAGCUGCUUUAUGCUAUCUGAGCCCUCAGACUGAUUACAAAUGAGUGUCAAAGUCUCUGAAGUGGACAUUGGGACCGGGCUUUGUCUCUGGUUGCACCCAUUUUACAAGGGUCACAGGGAUUUCUCCCACUUGAACUGUUCUAAUGGACCAAAAGGUGCAACUUUUGCUUUUCCAGGUCGCAAAAUAAGUGCACCCUUCGACACUGAGGCCGCUUUGUAACACACCUCUGAAAUACUGUAUUUUAAGUUGAGUACAGUUAAUUUUUAGACUCCCAACAUCUAUAUAAAAUGCCCUUGGUGCCUCAGUUCUGUUGUGUAAAAUAGCUGCCUUGACUUUCCCUUUUUUUCAGAUACUAUGACAAAGCAUAGGAGGUAGUUUAUUGUAGGUUUUUGUUAAUAUGCAUCUGUUGUAUGAAAAUGUUUUAAUGUUUUGUGGCAUUUGUUGACUAAGUAGAUUAAUCUUAAUUUUAAAUUAAUUAUUUUCUAAUCAAACUGUUUUGUCUGUAGAAAACAAAGAACAAUAUUAAACAUAUUUGUCUUUAA